UUUAGUUCCAUUUUUCAUUAUCCGUGAGUGUUAAUAACGAAAUAUUAGACGCAAUUGAUCUGAUAAUACUCCUAUUAUAGAUAUUACGUUACAUCGUAAAUAAUAUCAAUUCUAUGCGUACAAAAGCUCUAUUUUCGAUAAAAUGAACACACAUGUAUCUACAUUAUUAUAGCGUGGAAAUAGCAACACACUAACAGACCGUAUUGACAAUGAGGGCGUAACCGAUCAUAGAUCUAUGUAACUGAUACAACUCCUUUAUAUGAGUUUGGCCUCCCUGAUAUUUUUAUGAAUGACGUUUAACCGAGGAGGUUGGUAAAAUCACCUUCUUGUGUAGGAUAUAUCUUGGUGUAAUACGCAUAUAUGCUUGUCUCUACAGUUAUCAUCGACAGAAAAAUAUUGUGACAUGGAGAGUAUAUUUCAUGAAAAGCAAGAAGGAUAUUUGUGCGCGCAACAUUGUUUGAACGCUCUUCUACAAGGUCCUUAUUUUAAUGCAGUAGAUCUUGCUAAUUUUGGUCAUCAAAUGGACGAAGCAGAACGUAUUAGAAUGGCCGAGUCAGGUGUCGAUAGCGAAGAUUAUAAACUUUUCUUAGAGCAACCGUCAGAAAAUAUGGAUGACAGUGGAUAUUUUUCCGUUCAAGUCAUUAGCAGUGCUUUAAAAGGGGUUUGGGGUUUGGAGUUGGUUCCAUACAACAGCACAGAACCUGCCGCAUUGAUGGCACAAAAUGAUCCUUCGUAGGCAAAUGAAAGCUUAUAUCUGCAAUUACAAAGGGCAUUGGUUUACUAUACGAAAGAUUGGAACUCAAUGGUUCAAUUUGAAUUCGAUGCUUAGCGGGCCACAGCUUAUAUCAGACACAUAUCUAGCGAUGUAUUUGGCUC